GGCUGUACAUAUCCGCAAAAGAGACCGAACCGAUCACUUCACCAAAGUACUCACAGCUGUUUGAAAGAGUUUUUUAUUCUCUUUGCGAAGCUCUGUUAUUCUACUUGAAAACUAGCCAUGGCGAAUCAACCUGAAUCAUCUGAUCCGAAGGGAGCGAAGAGGGACUUUAGCACCGCGAUUUUGGAGAAGAAGAAGGCGGUGAAUCGUUUGGUUGUGGAUGAGGCCAUCAACGAUGACAACUCCGUCGUGUCUCUACACCCUGAAACCAUGGAGAAGCUACAGCUCUUUCGUGGAGAUACCAUCUUACUCAAGGGGAAGAAGAGGAAGGAUACUGUGUGUAUUGCUUUAGCUGAUGACACAUGUGAUGAACCAAAGAUUAGGAUGAACAAAGUUGUCAGGUCGAACCUGAGAGUUAGGCUCGGAGAUGUAGUCUCUAUCCAUCAGUGCCCUGAUGUCAAGUAUGGGAAGCGUGUUCACAUCUUACCCUUAGAUGAUACCAUUGAAGGGAUUACUGGAAAUAUAUUUGAUGCCUACCUUAAACCUUAUUUCUUGGAGGCAUACCGCCCAGUGAGGAAGGGUGAUCUUUUCCUAGUUAGAGGAGGGAUGAGAAGUGUUGAGUUUAAGGUUAUUGAGACCGAUCCUGAUGAGUACUGUGUGGUGGCUCCAGACACAGAGAUAUUCUGUGAGGGUGAACCUAUAAAGAGAGAGGAUGAGGAGAGGUUGGAUGAAGUUGGUUACGAUGAUGUCGGUGGUGUUAGGAAACAAAUGGCUCAGAUUAGGGAACUUGUUGAGCUCCCUUUGAGGCACCCACAGCUCUUCAAGUCCAUCGGUGUUAAGCCUCCUAAAGGAAUCUUACUCUAUGGCCCUCCUGGUUCAGGCAAGACACUGAUUGCUCGUGCUGUUGCUAAUGAGACCGGUGCGUUUUUCUUCUGUAUCAAUGGUCCGGAGAUCAUGUCCAAGCUAGCUGGUGAGAGUGAAAGCAACCUUAGGAAAGCGUUCGAGGAGGCUGAGAAGAAUGCACCUUCCAUCAUUUUCAUUGAUGAGCUUGAUUCCAUUGCUCCAAAACGAGAGAAGACGCAUGGGGAGGUUGAGAGAAGGAUUGUUUCACAGCUCUUGACGCUAAUGGAUGGUCUUAAAUCAAGAGCUCAUGUGAUUGUUAUGGGAGCUACCAACCGUCCUAACAGCAUUGACCCGGCUUUGAGAAGGUUUGGAAGAUUUGACAGGGAGAUUGAUAUUGGUGUUCCCGAUGAGAUUGGUCGUCUUGAAGUUCUCAGGAUUCACACCAAGAACAUGAAGCUCGCAGAAGAUGUUGAUUUGGAAAGAGUAUCUAAAGACACACAUGGGUAUGUUGGUGCGGACCUUGCGGCAUUAUGCACUGAAGCUGCUCUCCAAUGCAUCCGGGAGAAGAUGGAUGUGAUUGACCUAGAAGAUGAGGAGAUAGAUGCUGAGAUUCUCAACUCUAUGGCUGUGACUAAUGAGCAUUUCCAGACAGCUCUUGGUAAUAGCAAUCCUUCUGCUCUACGUGAGACGGUCGUUGAGGUGCCUAAUGUUUCUUGGGAAGACAUUGGUGGUCUUGAGAAUGUCAAGAGGGAACUACAAGAGACUGUUCAAUAUCCAGUGGAGCAUCCUGAGAAGUUUGAGAAGUUUGGUAUGUCGCCAUCUAAAGGAGUCCUGUUCUACGGUCCUCCUGGUUGUGGAAAGACCCUUUUGGCCAAGGCCAUCGCCAACGAGUGUCAAGCCAAUUUCAUCAGUAUCAAAGGUCCCGAGCUCCUGACAAUGUGGUUCGGAGAAAGUGAGGCCAAUGUGAGAGAGAUAUUCGACAAAGCACGCCAGUCUGCUCCUUGUGUUCUUUUCUUUGAUGAGCUAGACUCCAUCGCCACUCAGAGAGGGAGCAGCGUUGGAGACGCCGGUGGCGCAGCAGACAGAGUAUUGAACCAGCUUCUGACGGAGAUGGAUGGUAUGUCUGCUAAGAAGACCGUCUUUAUCAUCGGAGCAACAAACAGACCAGAUAUCAUCGACCCUGCGCUUCUUCGUCCCGGUCGUCUUGAUCAGCUCAUCUACAUUCCUCUUCCUGAUGAGGAGUCUCGUUACCAGAUCUUUAAGUCUUGCUUGAGGAAGUCUCCAGUGGCUAAAGAUGUUGACUUAAGGGCUCUUGCGAAGUACACACAAGGGUUCAGCGGUGCAGACAUCACAGAGAUUUGUCAGCGUGCUUGCAAGUACGCCAUCAGAGAGAACAUCGAGAAGGAUAUUGAGAAGGAGAGGAAGAAGGCAGAGACACCAGAAGCAAUGGAAGAGGACGAGGAGGAGAUUGCAGAGAUAAAAGCUAGUCAUUUUGAAGAAUCAAUGAAGUUUGCGAGGAGGUCUGUGAGUGAUGCAGACAUACGCAAGUAUCAGGCUUUUGCUCAGACUCUCCAGCAGUCACGUGGGAUUGGGAGUGAGUUCAGGUUCCCUGAUGCGACAGGCACUGGAGGUGCAGCCGCCAUGGCUGGUGGAGGUGACCCGUUUGCUACUGCGGGAGGAGCAGCUGAGGACGAUGAUCUCUAUAGUUAAAUAAAUAUGAUCAGAGUCUUUUCUCUCUGUACUUUGUUCCCUAGAAAAUCUUUAACUUGUUUCUGUCAUGUUUUUAUUUAGUGUUUUUGUAUGUAUAAUGAAUCUAUUAUAUGGAUGUAUGAGGAAAUAAAUCUU